CAGCCACUGAUACAUCUGCAUCGACUACAACAACAUCUACUACUACGACAGGCGCUGAUACGGGCGAAACGAGUAUAACAACAACCAUAAUAACGACAACUACGACAAGUACGCCUUCCGAAAUUUUAAACAGCAUCCCUAAUAAAUUUAAAAAUCCACCUUAUCCUUUAUAUGUGUUUCAAAACACAACUGAGUGUGAUAAUACUACUGGAAAAUUUCGUAUACCAAUGGACUUUGAAUUUGAUAAUAAUGCUACAACAUUGAAUGAUCUAAUUAAUACCAUGGAAGAUUUAACAGAACGUGUUGGAGUUGAAUUGUUCAUUAAGGAUUUAUGUGGAAGAGAUACUGAAGAAGUAAAAAACGUGACAUCGUGUUAUGUUAUUAAUGCAUGUGGCUUGUGUGGUACUAAUCCAGUGCGUGGUGUAUGUUAUCCAGAAUUCAAUGAACCUAAAUGUAAAUGUUUUGCUAGUGGAAAUGAUACAACAGGACCAUAUGAGGGCAAUUUCUGCUAUUCGUCAAGUUCGAAACCAUUACAAUCCACGAAUUCUCCUUCUCGUUGGACACCGAUUAUUGUUGGUGUUCUAGCUGGUCUAACUGCUCUCUUUUGUGCGAUAACAUGUUGUCUAUGGGCUAUAGCUAUUUGGCGUCGUCGAAAACGUCAUCCUAAAGAAGAUGAACUAAGAAUUCGUCGUAUAUGGCAUUUACCACGAGCUGUAGUGCCAGCACCAGUUACAACUGAAAAUCCUCAACCUUAUUUAGGAACACCACCACCCGGUUCAAAUCGAGCAGAUUCUAUUCAUACAGACAGUAACACAAUA